CUAGUCCUGGGUCUCCAUAUGAUAUGAAAAUAUUGAGACCUGUCAUUGUCAUUGUUAAAAAAUGCACAAACAAUAAAUAUUUUUUUACAAAAUAAAAUUGUCAUCAUUUAAUAAUGACACCUUCGAAUCGUCUUGAUAAAAAUCAAACUAACAGUUCUAAUUUAGAUACUUCUAACAGGUUAAAUAAAUAUUAUAUAAAUGAUUGUGUCCAGUGGAUAAAAGCACGUGGUCUAGAAAAAGUAUGUUUGCAAUUUCCUGACUCUCUUCUAAAAGAUUCAGCAAUAGUAGCAGUGGAGCUAGAAAACUAUUUAAACAAAAAAGUUUACAUACUUGGAGAUACAACAUGUGGGAGCUGUUGUGUAGACGAAGUAACAGCCAACCACAUUCAGGCAGAUGGAAUAAUUCAUUUUGGACAUGCUUGCCUUAAUCCGACCGUAAAAUUGCCAGUUUUUCAUGUUCUGCCAGCAACUAGCUUAGAUGUUGAUGUUUUUGUUGAUACAUUUAGUAGCUACUUCGACUGUGAUAAAAAUAUUAUAUUUUUCUACGAUGUUUCUUUUGCACAUACAAUUGAAAAAAUCUAUAAAAAAGUACAAGAAAAAAAGUUAAACAUAAACUUAACAUUCUUAAAUUGUGAAUCCAACAUCAAGUAUACAGAUAGAAAAAAUGAUAACCAGAGAACGUUAAUAACUGGUCGUGAAUUGUUGGAGGUUGAAAAAUUAGAAGAAUACGUAGGAUUCUAUCUAGGAGAUGACAACAAAACUUUAGCAUCCUUAGCGCUAAGUAUCCCAGUCAAAAAUUGGUUCUACUGCACGGGGAAAAUUUCUGGUUGUGAUAAUAAGAAAAUGGAGGUCAAGGAGUUUGAAGUUGCGAGGAAUCCUUGGCUGAGAAGGCGCCGAUUUUUGGUGGAAAAGUUGAAAGAUGCCAAAGUGGUUGGUAUCGUAGUUGCUACCCUGGGAAUUCAGAAUUAUUUGGACGUGCUUGAUAUGGUAAAAAGUAUCCUCAAGAGCAAGAAUAUCAAAUCGUAUAUUUUCAGUGUCGGAAAACCAAAUCCGGCGAAACUGGCAAAUUUUGCAGAGGUGGAUGCAUUUGUGGUGAUAGCCUGUCCAGAAAAUGAGAUCUUUGACUCAAGCGAGUACUGGAAGCCACUCUGUACACCCUUUGAACUAGAACUGGCCUUCAAUGACUCAAGAAAGUUCUCCACAAAUUACUGCUUGGAUUUCCGACAGCUACUUCCUGGAGGAAUAAACCACGUGGACUUCAAACCAACAGCUGAGUCUGAUGUGUCUUUAAUUACCGGGCAAUUGCGCAAUUGCUCAUCCGAAAGCGAGCCUACUGACGCGGAAAAAAUGAAGACUUUGGUGUGCAAAAAUGACGGAACUGUCGCAAUCGGCAAAGCUGGCGCAGAUUUUCUUCUUAAUCGUUCCUGGCAAGGACUUGAACAAAAGCUAGGAGAGACUGAAAUUACGACAGCUGUUAAAGGUCGCCAUGGGUUACCAAAAAGUUAUGACACCGAGCCGGUGAUUGAUAAGUCGUAAUUGAUGAGAUCAUAUUUUGUAAUUAAUAAAUUUUUUUAUUUAUUAUA